UAUUGCAACUGUGAGUUUAGCCAGCUGUCAGUUUGUGUCGCUGCCGUCACAUUUAUGUUUUCUGUCAGUGUUCACUGGUUAGGGACUUUAUAGUAAAGACUUCGUUUGUUAAAAUGCCAAAAGGAGGUAAGAAAGGUGGCCACAAGGGUCGGAUGCGGACGUACACCAGCCCCGAAGAGAUAGAUGCCCAGAUGAAGGCAGAAAAGGAGAGGAGAAAGCAAGAGCAAGAAGAGCAGGAGCAGGAAGGUGCAGCUCAGAAUGACACAGCAGAGGAGAAGCUACCAGGUUCUGGAUCAGAGGACAGCGAUGAUGAAGAUUCCCAGAGGAGGAGAGCCGGUGUCGAGGGAUUGAUAGAAAUUGAGAACCCCAACAGAGUGGCUCAGAAGUCCAAGAAGGUGACGCAGAUUGAGCUGGAAGAGCCCCGGCAAUUGUCAAGGAGAGAGAGAGAAGAGAUCGAGAAGCAGAAGGCCAAGGAGCGUUACAUGAAGAUGCACUUGGCCGGCAAGACAGACCAGGCCAAAGCUGACCUCGCUCGCCUCGCCAUCAUUAGAAAACAGAGAGAGGAUGCGGCAAGAAAGAAAGAAGAGGAGAAAAAAGCAAAAGAAGCGGCGGCGGUGGCGGCAGCAGCAGCUAGAGGAAUAAACUCCCUAUCUCUCAAAUGAUGCACAGUAUCCGAAGCGUUUUCACUUGCGCAUGGACUGAGGCAAUAUAUCUUUGACUAUUUUUAAAGGAAGAUCUAUGAAGAGUAUUUGAUAUUUACUGUAACGUGUGACCGUCGGAGGAGACACCAGUGAAGAGGGGUUAUGUAUAUUUUGGCGUGGGAAUAACGGCCUCGUUCCUUCCAGGAAGUAAAGCUACAAUUGAAAUCAAAUUCACGUACAUUGGGAUGAACCCCUCGAUAUUGAACAUGGUAAACUCAUCAUUGUACAAUUUCAACUUUCCUAACUGAGCUUUGCCACUCUUUUUUUGUUUGGGUUUUUUUUUUGGGGGGGGGGGACUUACAUUGUAUAUAACUGACUCAUGAAAAUAUUUCAGAUUAAUAAGAUGAACCAGUGAAAUGUGUCUGUUCAUUUAUUUGCUUCUUUACCGGAAUGUCCUGGUGUAGAGGAGACUUUUGUAACUUCAGGUGCAAGAGUCCACAUCUGGGUCCGCUGAUAUGGAAGUCAGCUGAUAUUUACUUUAUGGAGUCUGCCGAUUCACUGCAGGUUUAGACAGCAUUCGUUAGGUAGAUUUAAAAAACCAAAUAGUUAUCAGUUAAUGUAACUGAUAAAUUAAAAUGAGUAAAAUAUGGCUUUGUGGUAGUCAUUGGUAUAAUGCAUGGAAGCAUUACCUGCAACCCAAUAAUUAGGAGCAUUUAAAUCAAGAUUUGACCGGUGUCCCAGAUGCCACACUCAUUCUAUGACAUGAAAAAGCUCAUGGCACGAUGGGUUCAGUGCAUGCAUUAUAAAUUAAAGUUUUACUCCAACACUU